AUGCUUUUCAGACUGCGUCCUGUUGUUUCCAUCGCCAGAAGCAGCUUUCCCCUACGACGAUUCAACUCCACAUCCGCAAUGGCUUCCCUCGGCGUAGAGAAGAAGCACAAGGUGACCGUCGUGGGCUCCGGCAACUGGGGCUCAACCAUUUCCAAGAUCGUCGCCGAAAACACAAAGGCCUUCCCCGACCUCUUCGAAGAAGAUGUGCACAUGUGGGUGUACGAGGAGGACGUCACCCUCGACUCGACAUCGCCUUACUACGAUGCCUCCGUAGGCGAGAAGCCCCAAAAGUUGACCACCGUCAUCAACAAAUACCGCGAAAACACAAAAUACCUGCCCGGUAUCAAGCUCCCCCACAACAUCAUCGCGAACCCCUCCCUGCAGGACGCCGUCAAGGACUCCACCAUCCUCAUCUUCAACCUCCCCCACCAGUUUAUCGGCAAUGUCUGCAAGCAGCUCAACGGCCACAUUCUGCCCUUUGCUCGUGGCAUUUCCUGCAUCAAGGGUGUCAACGUCUCCGACGACGGCGUCUCCCUCUUUUCCGAAUGGAUCGGUGACGGCCUCGGCAUCUACUGCGGCGCCCUCUCCGGUGCCAACAUUGCCUCUGAAAUCGCCGCCGAGAAGUGGUCCGAGACCACCGUCGCCUACGACCCCCCGCCCAUGGAUAACUCGCGCGCCCCGACCCCGCGUGCCACCUCCCCGAACCCCAACGCCAACGGCGGCAAUGGCCUUGCGCCCCUGACACCCGUCGACAUGCAGCACAAGGACGCCCGCGGCCGCACCUCCAAGACGAAGCUCACCGCCGUGCCCGCCGAGUACCCGCCCCUGGACCACCAGAUCUUCAAGCACCUCUUCCACCGCCCCUACUUCCACGUCCGCAUGGUCUCCGAUGUCGCUGGUGUCUCUCUGGGCGGCGCCCUGAAGAACAUUGUCGCGCUUGCUGCCGGCUUCGUUGACGGCCGGGGCUGGGGUGACAACGCCAAGGCCGCCAUCAUGCGCGUGGGCCUGCUGGAGAUGGUCAACUUUGGAAAGGAGUUCUUUGGCCAGACGGUGCACACGGGGACGUUUACCGAGGAGUCGGCCGGCGUGGCGGAUCUGAUUACCUCGUGCAGCGGUGGCAGAAACUUCAAGUGCGCCAGGAUGGCCGUUGCCGAGGGCUUGAGCGUGCAGGAGAUUGAGAAGCGCGAGUUGAACGGUCAGCUGCUUCAGGGUACGAGCACGGCGCAGGAGGUCAACAGCUUCUUGAAGGCGAGGGGCCAGGAGAAGCACUACCCUCUCUUCACUGCCGUGCACGGCAUUCUCGAGGGACGAUACAGCGUCGACGAUAUCCCGACCUUGGUGUCUACUUCGGAGAACUAA